AUGGGCAUAGCCUCUGAGGAAGCGGGAGGAGCCCACGAAGCGCGUAAGGCCAUGCCCAUAAUCCCAGGAGAAAGCUGGAACUCAAGUGAUAAGGCUGCCUCAAGUAACAAUGCUUCCUCAAGUGAUAAGGCUGCCUCAAGUGAUAAGGCUGCCUCAAGUAACAAUGCUUCCUCAAGUGAUAAGGCUGCCUCAAGUGACAAGGCUUCCUCAAGUGAUAAGGCUGCCUCAAGUGACAAUGCUUCCUCAAGUGAUAAGGCUGCCUCAAGUGACAAGGCUGCCUCAAGUGACAAGGCUUCCUCAAGUGACAAGGCUGCCUCAAGUGACAAGGCUUCCUCAAGUGACAAGGCUUCCUCAAGUGACAAGGCUUCAUCCAGUGACAAAGCUUCCUCAAGUGACAAGGCUUCCUCCAGUGACAAGGCUUCCUCCAGUGACAAGGCUUCCUCAAGUGACAAGGCUUCCUCAAGUGAUAAGGCUGCCUCAAGUGACAAGGCUUCCUCAAGUGACAAGGCUGCCUCAAGUGACAAGGCUUCCUCAAGUGACAAGGCUUCCUCAAGUGAUAAGGCUGCCUCAAGUGACAAUGCUUCCUCAAGUGACAAGGCUGCCUCAAGUGACAAGGCUUCCUCAAGUGACAAGGCUGCCUCAAGUGACAAGGCUUCCUCAAGUGACAAGGCUGCCUCAAAUGACAAGGUUGCCUCAAGUGACAAGGCUUCCUUCACUGUAGUGGAUUUAGAUGUUAGGAAUAACAUGUAUAUUUUGCUAGAAUGUUCCAUAACGACCCAGCAAAAACAAUAG